UAACUUGCCCAAAAAAAUACUAAUCAAUAAGCAAAGAUUACAAUUCCUUGCGUUCCUCACAUUUCCCUUGAAAGGGUGCCAUGGCGGAGUUUAUCAUUUCUAACGCGUUGGAGAGGCUUGGCGAUUUCCUAAUAGAAGAAGUGAAAUUCUUCCAAGGCGUUGGCCAAGAAUUCAAUCACGUAAAGGCUCAGCUGCAGUGGAUGAAGGCGUUCUUGAAAGAUGCAUAUGCAAAGCAAGACAAAGAUGAGAGAAUAAGAAACUGGAUGGCGGAGAUCAAAAUUCUCGCUUACGAUAUAGAAGACAUCGUUGAAAGCCUCGCCCUCGAAGUUGCAUCCACGAAGAAAGCUGGUGCAACAUUUGCAAUCUGGAACCAAGUAAAAACAAAGUACAAUCUUGGUUCAAAGCUGGAGGACAUCAAUGUCCGGAUUUCUGAAUUGACAAAGAGUCUGAAAACCUUUGGUAUAAGGGAAUUACCCAUCCCAGAGGGCUCCAAUUCUGCGAUUGACCGGAAGCCGAAGAGAAGUUCAAGCCUCCGGAAGAAUUAUCCUCACAUUCCUGAAAAUCCUGUUGGAGUUGAGGAAGAUGUAAAUUUAUUGGUGAAAAAAUUGGUGGGUAAAGAACGUCGUGGAAGUGUUUGGCGGUGUUGUAUGGGUGGCUCUGCAGAGACUAGCCAAGGCGAUAACUUUAAGGAGCAUCGGGUUGUCUCGAUAUGUGGCAUGGGCGGUAUAGGAAAGACCACCCUCGCUAAGAAGAUCUACAAUCAUGCCAAAGUUAGACAACGUUUUGAUCACUUUGUGUGGUUAAAUAUAUCCCAACAAUGGGAAAAGAGGAGUACCUGGGAACAAAUUUUGUUCAAGCUUAUUAACGUCGGUAAGGAGCAGCGAGAGGAGAUUGAGAAAAUGAGGGACGACGACAUAGCCGAGAUGGUCUUUAAAGAACUACAGAAGAAGAAAUGCUUGGUGGUGCUUGAUGACAUCUGGGAUGUGCAUGCUUGGAAAAUCUUGAGUGCUGGGUUCCCAACCGAGGACACAGGUAGUAAAAUAAUACUUACCACUCGCAAGAAAGAAGUCGCCAGGCACGCAGAUCCGAGAUGUUAUAUACAUGAACCACGGUGCCUGAAUGAGGCAAGAAGCUGGGAGUUAUUUCAAAGAAUUGCCCUCCCUCUGCCAGAUGAUCAAGCUGCGAGAAACGGUUAUGGUUUGGAAAAGUUAGGGAAGGAGAUGGUGAAACAUUGCAAGGGUUUGCCAUUAGCCAUCAUUGUGCUUGGGGGUCUUUUGUCCACAAAGCAAACAUUUGAUGAGUGGGAUAAAGUCCAUGAAAAUAUUAAAUCAUAUUUGAACCGCCAAGACGAAAGCUUCUCAAUUCCUGAAGUGCUCGUUUUAAGUUAUGAUGAUUUGCCACAACGACUGAAACCAUUGUUCCUUUAUCUAGGCACAUUCCCAGAGGAUUUUCUGAUAUCUGUAAAGAAAUUGACUAACUUGUGGGUAGCGGAAGGUAUGAUUCCACCUGUUUCCGGUUAUGAAGGGGAAGAGACAAUGGAGGACGUUGCUUAUCGUUACUUAGAUGAAAUGGCUGAAAGGUACAUGGUUCAAAUAGAAAAAAGAAGUCCAACUGGGAGGAUUAAGACUUGCCGCAUGCAUGAUUUGAUGCGAGAUCUUUGUUUGUCGAGGGCUCAAGAGGAAGACAUUUGUGAUGUUAUCAACCUUAAUGAUAAAAACAAGCACAAUGAUUUUUUUCAAUCUAUCACAACCAAGGUGAAGCCAGCUGGUAGAAUUCGCAGACUUUCGGUUAAUUUGAGGAACUUUAGUGGGUGUAUUGGAUUGGAAACUGAACAGUAUCCUCCCAUUAGGUCUAUAUUAGGCUUCUCCUUACAAGAACAUAGUGGAAUAAGUCAGGAGCUAAUGGAUUCCAUGGUCAAUAAGUUCAAGUUGCUUCGAGUCUUAGAUCUUGAAAAUGUUAAGGGUUUUAAAAUACCUGACGAAAUAGGAAAACUAGUCCAUUUAAGACUCCUAAAUGUAGCAUCGGCCUGGAUUGGAGAACUUCCGUCAUCGAUGGGUGACUUGAGCUGCUUGUUGACUCUGUAUCUUGAUCGUCGUUAUUCAACAUCAAGAAUGCCCGAUGUGUUUUGGAAGAUGCAACGACUGAGGCAUCUGUAUCUCCCUCCUGACUGUGGCGAUGACACAGAAAAACUUCUAUUUGCUAAUCUUAGCAACCUGCAGACACUAUUUAACUUCCCUUCACGCCAUGCAGAUGUAAAAGAUCUCGUCACAUUGACAAAUCUCAGAAAAUUGGUGAUCGUUAUAGAGGAUGAGGCCUCCUUAGGAUCAUUCCAGGAGAUUUUCGAACCCGGAACUGUUACAUUUAAUCACCUUCGCUCCUUGAUAAUAAAGCCAAAAUGGAGAUCCUUCAACACUACCCUUGAUGUACAAAAGGUUGCUGCAUGCUGCCCUCGCCUCUGCAAGUUGAAACUACAUGGGAAAAAGGUGUAUGAGAGGGGUACCAAUGCCUUCUAAAUGGGCUUCGACUUGCUUUGAAAAGGAUGCUUUGCUUUACAUCUACGUACGCUGUUAUCAUUUUCUUUAGUUUUUCCUGUCCUGCACUACUUUGAGUGAUGUAUUUUUCUAAGUGUUUACUGCUUGUUUCUUAUUUGGUGUGCUCGCUCUAAUUUUAAUUUCAUCAAUAAAGUAACUUUGUCGGUUUUUUCUA